CCCCAAACAUUUCUUCCCUCCCCAUCCCCUCCUCCACCCCCCCUUCCACUCUCGACGUGUCGCGACAGGUCGGUGUUGGAUGCAUGCGUUGGUCUCGGCUCUCCGCCGGUGCGACGGGCAGGCUGGAGCCCUCCUCCUCCUCCUGCUAAACCCGCGGAACCUGCUCUCUCCGUCCCGCUCCGACGCUGUCCGCCCUCCGCUCCCCGGCUGAAGCCAUGCCCUGCGUUCAGGCGCAGUAUGGGUCCUCGCCCCAAGGAGCCAGCCCGGCCUCCCAGAGCUACGGUUACCACUCCUCGGGGGAGUACAGCUCCGACUUCCUAACCCCGGAGUUUGUCAAGUUUAGCAUGGACCUCACCAACACUGAAAUCACUGCCACCACUUCUCUCCCCAGCUUCAGUACCUUUAUGGACAACUACAACACCAGCUACGACGUGAAGCCACCUUGCUUGUACCAAAUGCCCCUGUCGGGACAGCAGUCCUCCAUUAAGGUGGAAGAUAUUCAGAUGCACGGCUACCAGCAGCACGGUCACCUGCCCCCUCCCCAGUCCGAGGAGAUGAUGUCCCACUCGGGCUCCGUCUACUACAAGCCCUCAUCGCCCCCGACCCCCUCCACGCCCGGCUUCCAGGUGCAGCACGGCCCCGUGUGGGACGAGCCCGGCUCCCUCCACAACUUCCACCCCAACUACGUGGCCACCACGCACAUGAUCGAGCAGCGCAAAACGCCCGUCUCCCGCCUCUCCCUCUUCUCCUUCAAGCAGUCGCCCCCCGGCACCCCCGUUUCCAGUUGCCAGAUGCGCUUUGAUGGCCCCCUUCACGUCCCUAUCAACCCCGAGCCUGCCGGGGGCCACCACGCCGUGGACGGCCAGGCCUUCGCUGUCCCCAACCCCAUCCGCAAGCAGCCCUCCAUGGCCUUCCCCGGCCUGCAGCUGGGCCACGCUCCGCAGCUGCUAGACAGCCAGGUCCCCUCGCCCCCAUCGCGGGGGUCCCCCUCCAACGAGGGGCUCUGCGCCGUCUGCGGGGACAACGCUGCCUGCCAGCACUACGGCGUCCGCACCUGCGAGGGCUGCAAGGGCUUCUUCAAGCGCACGGUGCAGAAGAACGCCAAGUACGUGUGCCUGGCCAACAAGAACUGCCCGGUGGACAAGCGCCGGCGCAACCGCUGCCAGUACUGCCGCUUCCAGAAGUGCCUGGCCGUCGGCAUGGUGAAGGAGGUGGUGCGCACAGACAGCCUCAAAGGCCGGAGGGGUCGUUUGCCAUCCAAACCGAAGAGCCCCCAGGAGCCCUCUCCCCCCUCGCCCCCGGUGAGUCUGAUCAGUGCGCUGGUGAGAGCCCAUGUCGACUCCAACCCGGCUAUGACCAGCCUGGACUAUUCCAGGUUCCAGGCUAACCCCGAGUACCAGCUGAGCGGGGACGACACCCAGCACAUCCAGCAGUUCUACGAUCUCCUGACCGGCUCCAUGGAGAUCAUCCGAGGGUGGGCAGAGAAAAUCCCCGGCUUCACCGACCUCCCCAAAACGGACCAGGACCUGCUCUUCGAGUCCGCCUUCCUGGAGCUCUUCGUGCUGCGCCUGGCCUACAGGUCCAACCCGGCGGAGGGCAAGCUCAUCUUCUGCAACGGGGUGGUCCUGCACCGGCUGCAGUGCGUCCGCGGCUUCGGCGAGUGGAUCGAUUCCAUUGUUGAGUUUUCCUCCAACUUGCAGAACAUGAACAUCGACAUCUCUGCCUUCUCCUGCAUCGCUGCCCUGGCCAUGGUCACAGAGAGGCACGGGUUGAAGGAACCCAAGAGGGUGGAAGAACUUCAGAACAAGAUUGUCAAUUGUCUCAAAGACCAUGUGACUUUUAACAACGGGGGGCUCAACCGCCCCAACUAUUUGUCCAAACUCUUGGGGAAGCUCCCCGAACUCCGCACGCUUUGCACGCAGGGGCUGCAGCGCAUUUUCUACCUGAAACUGGAAGACUUGGUGCCACCGCCAGCAAUAAUCGACAAACUUUUCCUGGACACUUUACCUUUCUAAAGACUUCUUCCCUCUGCUCUUCCUGCUGAACCGAAGAGAAACUUGGGCCUGUCUGAAGGGGAACCCGGCUGGGCCUAAGGGCAGCACCCACGGGUGCCAACUUGCCCACCCCCACCCCCACCCCAGCGUCGCCAACCCGCAGGCAGAGCGUGAUCACAAACGGGCAUUUUUGGGGGGCUCUGGGGCAUCGUCGCGGAUGCAGCUCACGGACCAACACAAACACCAUGGUAUCAACCUUUUUCUUAUCAGCUUAUCAAUGAGUUAGUGAUUUUAAGGACUUGUGAUUAAGGGGGUGAACCUCUCCUGCCGCCCAGCUCAAGCUGGUGCACGGUGACAAACACAAGCGUUAAGGUGACCCACGAGCCCCG